AUGUCUGACCUCAGCCAAGUUGCAGUGUACUCAGACUCUUCAGAUAUCUAUAAGAAUGUGUUCUGCAACCCUGCCUUUGAGCUGGAGGGGGAGCGGGAGGAGAGGGUGGAGGGAUUCAGGACAUCCUCGUCCACCCCUGAACCAAUCAAACCACCAGCUAGUCUACGCUUGGGUCUGCGGGGCCCGGGUUGUAGCUGGGGGGUGGUGGUGGUUUCUGUUGCUGCCCUGCUCCUGUUAACAGCCUUUGGACUGGCGCUGGCCCUCAUCCUGACACAGAUAAAGGGCCAGGCUGUGGAGGAUCAGUUGCUGCCCACCAGCCCUCCAGACCGGCUGAAUGCAGGAGAUGGAGAUUCCCAUACUCUACCCACAAACUCUACCAACAGAAGUCAACAGGAAAGUACAUCUGCACCACAGCCCACUAGGAUCCCACCAUCUGAAACACGUUGUGGAGGGGUGUUGACUGACUCAGAGGGCAGUUUCAGUUCUCCAAACCAUCCUGGCUCCUAUCCCCCCAACUUGUUGUGUGUUUGGGUGAUCCGAGUCCCACCCCCCUACUUGGUCCAGAUUCACAUUUCCUCUCUGACUGUAGAGGGGCCAUCUCCCUGUCUGUUUGACUGGCUCGAGGUGCAGGAGCAGAUAGAACAGAGCUCUGUGGUUACCAGGUUCUGUGGAAAUGUAGCACCACCGACAGUCAACACAAACAGCAGCACAGUGUGGGUCACCUUACGCUCUGAUAGCAGCAUCGCAGGCAGCGGCUUCAGUGCACAGUACAGGGCCAUUCUUCCUGGACAGAAGAGCUGUUCCAGAGAAGAGUUUUUGUGUGACAGUGGUCGCUGUCUGCUGCCUGUGUCUGUGUGUGACGGUCAUCCAAACUGCCAUGACCUAACAGACGAGGCAAACUGCAGCCAUAAACACAAAGACUGUGGCGGGCAGAAAACGGGGCCGUAUGGUUACCUGUCAAGUCCAAACCACCCAAGGCCUUAUCCCCACCAGCAGUUGUGCAUAUGGUAUAUAUCUGUUGAGGAGGGUCACGUCAUCACACUGAGCUUCAGUAACUUCAGCCUGGAGACUCAAGAUGUCUGUGAGUUUGACUAUGUGGAGGUGCACGACAGCGUCAAUACUGGAGCUGGAAGGGUGCUAGGAAGGUUUUGUGGAACGAACUUCCCUCCAGACCUGACCUCCUCCGGUACCCACAUGACUGUUAUGUUUGUGGCUGAUGAGGGAGUGGCCGACAGCGGCUUCAACGCAACAUACAAGGCUGUGUCUGUCCUAGGCAGGACAUGUGGUUCCAGCCAGUUUGCCUGCAGUACUGGAGAGUGUGUUCAGCAGCAGUGGUUGUGUGAUGGAUGGAACGACUGCCCUGAUGGAGCAGAUGAGCAGGGCUGUGGCAACUCCACCUACCCUCCUUUCACUUCAUCAUGUGAGUUUAUAGAGGUAGAGAUGUGUCAAGGCCUCAGCUACAACCUCACCUCAUUCCCAAACAUCUGGCUGUCCAUUGCUGAUCAGAGAGAAGCUGCCACACUAUUGCGACAGUACCGGGUACUGAUGGAGCUGGCAUGCUUCGAGCCCUUGCGGAGGCUUUUGUGUGGAAUGUUUCUGCCCCAGUGCAGCCCUCAGGGUGGCAUCCUCCAGCCCUGCCGCUCAGUCUGCUCUUCUGCUGAGCAGCAAUGCAGCCAAGCCCUGGAUCUCUUCUCCUUCAGCUGGCCCUUCAACUGCCACCUCCUGCCUGACUCACAAGACCCCAUGGAGUGCUCGCUGCCUUGA